AAACUUUGUCUGAAAUUAGAAUGGAAAGUGUCUAGUCAGCAUUCUCGUAUUAAUGUUUCAAAUUCGUCAAUCUACAACCAAAAUUCAACUGAUUUCGCCCUUAAUUCCUCAACAAACAGUCCUUCAAGUUUUUCUACACCCUAUCGUCGCCAAAAUCUAAGUUAUCAAGCGGACUCUGGUUAUAAAUCUGCGAACAGGUCCGAUAGUCAUAAAGAAUCGCCAAUAUAUUCACGGCGUGCGUAUAAUGAAAACAUUGCAAACUUUCCAAAUAACUCGCCUGGGACUUGCACUAAAUUGUUCAAAUCGCCUCGAAAAUCGGUUAAUAGACAAGAUCUCUAUCGUCCUCAGUCGGUGGAUACGGCUAAUAUUAAAGCUAAAGCGAGUAUUACCCCGAAAUCUGAGAAUACAAGUGAAAAUAUAAGCCCCAAAGCUGAUCAAGUUAAAAUUAAUAAUUCACCGCAGUGUAAUAAUAAUCAACACAGUCUCGAGAGUAAUCAACAGAGUCACGCGAGCGAUGUUAAACCGGAUUUGUCAGUUAUUCAUGAAAAAUCUGACGAAGAGGAGCUGUAUUCUGAUUCCGACUAUGAGCCGGCUAGUGACUUUGAUCCACGUACAAAUUCUUUUGGCCUUACUCCUAAAAAACUGUCCUUUUCAAACGGAUAUUUGUCUGACGCCAUCGAUGCCGAAUUCAUGAAUUUAAACGGCACAUGUAGAUUAUGCCAUGAUUCUAUUCCCUCCUACCUUGCCCAACUUCAUGUAAUUGAAUGUCCGAAGUCUGAUCUUGAUCCAGUUGAAGAAUUUUAUAAAACGUGUGCUACGGAUCUCCAGACCAACAAGGAAAAAAUUCAAAAUUAUGUCAAAGAACAUCUACAGUACAAAUUUAACGAUGACCAAAUUCCCAAUGACACUUUCAAGAAUUGCGAACAAUUUUAUAACUUUUGUAGUAUCAUCGAUGAGUUAGAGAAAUCUCAAACCCGCAGAUUCUUUGAGAAAUGCGGCACACCACCUUCUAGAGUAAUAAAUAUUCUUAGCUAUGAACAUCUAGCAUAA